CUGGUUUUAUGUUGAAGGUCAUCAGACCGGAAGUGUCUUCAUCAGUAAACUGAGAGGAUUAAACACGUUUCCAUCAUAACAAUGUCGUUCUGCGCGUUUUUCGGCGGGGAGCACUUCAAAGACCACUUUAAACCAGGGAUUUAUGUUUGCUCCAAGUGUGAUCACCAGCUGUUCUCCAGCCGCUGCAAAUACGAGCACUCGUCCCCCUGGCCGGCCUUCACAGAGACCAUCAGAGAGGACAGUGUGUCCAAAUAUGAGGAGAGACCCGGCGCAUACAAGGUGCUUUGUGGGAAGUGUGGAAACGGCCUGGGUCAUGAGUUUGUGAACGAUGGACCAUCCAGAGGCGUGUCCCGCUUUUGAAUAUUCAGCAGCUCACUGAAGUUCGUCUCUAAAGAUAAGGUUGACGGACAGUAAGGUGAGCUGUCAGGAGGAAGCGCUGCAGGA